AUGGAGUUCUUGGUGAGCCAGGGUUGUAUAAAGCCAUUGUGUGAUCUCCUAAUUUGCCCUGAUCCAAGGAUAGUUACUGUCUGCUUGGAAGGGCUUGAAAAUAUUCUAAAGGUUGGGGAAGCUGAGAAAAACUUGGGUAACACAGGCGAUGUAAAUGUCUAUGCCCAGUUGAUAGAUGCAGCAGAGGGUUUAGAGAAGAUUGAAAACCUUCAGAGCCAUGACAACAACGAAAUAUAUGAGAAGGCAGUGAAGAUUCUUGAAACGUAUUGGUUGGAGGAUGAUGAGCAGUUGCCGCCAGGUGAUGCCUCUCAAUCAGGAUUUCAGUUUGGAGGAAAUGAAGUCCCAGUUCCAUCUGGUGGAUUCAGUUUCAGUUGAAGGAAUGCACUUCCACUUGGAGCAGUUGUUAAAGUGAGAUUAUUUAUCUGGCUGAUAUGUUCAUGUCGGAAUAAAGUCAUAGUCCAAUCCAUUGGGUUCAGGAAGGCGUGGCACCUUCAGGCCAAGUUUCAAUCUGCGUUUUAGUCUAAUUGAGGAGAUGCCACCGCUAUAUGUUUGCUCAUCUACAGGGCCUGAAUAAAAGUGGGCUGAGUGAUGCCUGAAACUAUGUUAAAGGGUAAACACUUUUUUGAAAUCUUUAUGUAGGAGGAAUUGAACAAACGAUUGAGUCUUUAUUUCAGUCCCUAUUUUGUACUUUGGUUUUUCCUUUUUUUUUUUUUUUCUUAAAUUGUUUUCCAUGUGCCCUAGUUGUGGGGGUAAAGGAUUAGGGAUAUGCUGCGGUAAAAGCAUGCUAUCCUGGAUCUUGCUUUUGCUUAUAGCAAGGAGGAAUAGAGGAACAGGUAUAUUGUGUUAUUUUGUGAAGUUUUUUGGUCUGGUUAAGUCAUCUGGUUAAGUUUUGUGCGAGUGAUAGUUGAUGUUUGUCUUUUGGUCUUUCUGGUUAGACAGGGCUUGCGUCCUUGGGCAUGUAUUAUUCUAGGGAGACGAAAAAGAAAGUUGUUCAUUAUGUAUUAAUGUUGAAAAACCUCCUGUUCUGUGAAGUAUAUAAAGAUUGGUACCUGUUAGUAUUAUAUACUGUUCU